GAGAGAUCGGAGAUGAGUGGCAAACUCAGCCCUGUCGGCGAAGAAAAACAGAGUACGAGGACAACAUCGAAGAGGAUCAAGAACAAGAAGCAGAUGGAAUCAACUCUCACGGACAAGUCUCCUUCAAAUCUUGAAACGUCUCAUAAGUUCAGAACAAAGACAAAGAAACCCAAAUUUCUCAGUCUCAAGCUUGAACUCAACACUACUGGAACCACUAAGAGCAAGAAUAUAGGAGCUGAUACGACGCCGUUUAAAGAGAAGAACAUAGCUGAGAAUGUGGGAGGAGAGAAAGAAGAAGAACUAUUCGCCACGGACAGCACAAUCUCUUCGAUCCACGACCUCCUCCCUUCCUCCACCUCCGCCGCCGUCGACGGAGGGAGGAACCUGUCAUCGUACGGUUCAUCUUCUUCUUCUUCUUCGCUUAUAAGGACUGCGUUGAAGAAAGGAGCGAGCGAGGAGGAGCGGUGGGUGAGUUAUUCGGAGGUGAUGAGUCGGAGAUGUUGCGGCGGAGAUGGAAAAGAAGGACGGUGUUCGCUUGCUCUGAAGCUUGACUAUGAGCAGAUCAUGGAGGCUUGGUUGGAUAAAGGUGCUCUUUAUAUCGACGGAGAACCGCCGCAGAUGGUGCCGGACUUGCAUGCUUCUGCUGACGUGUUUACCGGCGGCAGAGAGGCAUGGAGUUUAUGGACGGUGCCGGAGAUGGAGACAACGGAGAGGCUAUGGAGAGAGCACAGAGAAGCUAGUUUGCUACGGUAUAAAGAGAAGCGGCAAAGCCGUUUUUUUGCUAAGCGGAUUCGAUACCAAGUUCGUAAACUCAACGCUGAGAAACGUCCUCGUAUUAAAGGCCGGUUUGUGAAGAGAGACGUUGUAAUAGACCACUAAAAACUGGUAGUGAUAAGUUUCUUAGCCUUCCAACUUAAAAUCAAUUAGCAAUUAGUGGAUUGGCCCAAGUCCUUUAUACAUUACUCAUGUUCCAUUCAUAUUUUCAAUGUGGGAUCUUUAUCCCAACACCCUCCCUCGAAAUAAUGGUGGGUCUAACCAUUAAUUUCGCAGAAUCCAUC